AUGUAUGGGAAUUCUGUUGAUCCUGAUGCGUCGAUUUUCAGCAAUGGAACAUGGGAAGAUUGGGAAAGAUAUUACAACAGACACAACCCCAAGCAAGUACAGAUUGUGUCACAUGGGACGUUUGUAACAUUCAUCUUAUUAUUAGUCUUGUUCGGAGGAUUUGCCCAAGCUUCGUGGAUUACUCAAACUCAGUCUAGCAUCGACCAAAAGGUUCAGGAGAUGAACGCGAAUUCAGCUCGUCUUCUUGCGAAACGUCGCCAGCAGACGGACGAGCUACGGUCAACCGAGCAUCGUGUACAGAAUUUUCUAAUGCGAAGAGAUCCUCUGGGUUCUGGCUUAAAAGAAGAGGAGGAGAAUAUUUACAGACAAGCCCUUGAUCAGCGUGGAGGAGAUCCUAUUAGGUUACCAGGCCAUUCUACUGGAACUGAGGUGGUACCCCGACAGACAUAA